CAGAAAAUGAACGCCUCCUCCUGCUGUGAUCCUCCAGUCAUCAUGUAUCAGCAGAGCUCAGGAUCUGACCUCAAUGCCAGCUGUGACUGGUUGGCUUCAAACUGUAACUGGACAUCGGUGGACAGAGCACCACAGCUGCCUACGUUUUCUACAGCGGCCAAAGUCAGAGUGAUCAUUACCUUCAUCCUAUGUGGCAUUUCCACAUUCUGCAAUUUGGCUGUGCUGUGGGCGGCCAAUGGCCACAAGCGCAAAUCCCACGUCCGCGUGCUGAUAAUCAACUUGAUUGUCGCCGAUCUCUUGGUUACCUUCAUCGUGAUGCCUGUGGAUGCAGUGUGGAACAUCACAGUUCAGUGGCUGGCUGGUGACCUGGCCUGCAGAAUCCUGAUGUUCCUGAAGCUACAGGCCAUGUACUCCUGUGCCUUUGUCACAGUGGUGAUUAGUCUGGACAGACAGUCAGCUGUCCUUGAUCCCCUGGCCAUCAGCAUGGCCCGGAAAAGGAACAGGGUCAUGCUGAUGGUGGCGUGGACUAUGAGCACCUUGCUCUCAAUCCCUCAGAUGUUCAUUUUCCAUAACGUGACCAUCACCUAUCCAGCAAACUUUACACAGUGUACCACUAGGGGGAGCUUUGUCACUCACUGGCAGGAAACAGCCUACAACAUGCUCACCUUUUCCUGCCUCUUCCUGCUGCCAUUGGUCAUAAUGAUUAUGUGCUACACCAGGAUCUUCAUCCAGAUCUCCAAACAGAUGACAAAAAAGAACGCAUCCUCAAACGAGCCACAUCUCCGUUGCUCAAAGAACAACAUCCCCAAAGCCAGAAUGAGAACUCUGAAAAUGAGCAUCGUCAUCGUGACCUGCUUCAUCGUCUGCUGGACUCCGUACUACCUGCUGGGUUUGUGGUACUGGUUCUUUCCGGACGACCUCGAGGGAAAAGUCUCUCACUCCCUCACCCACAUCCUGUUCAUCUUUGGGCUUUUCAACGCAUGCCUGGAUCCCAUCAUCUACGGGCUGUUCACCAUGCGCUUCCGCAAGGGGCUGAGGAGCUGCUGCCGCAAAGCUGCAGUGAUGUCAGGCCUGGAGACUAACGCGCCAAUAACAGAGUCUUUGAAAUGUGCUGCCGUCGCUUUGCCCACUAAAAGAGGGAUGGACGCUGGUGAAAAAGACAGCAACUGUGUACACACUGAGCCACAAUCCUCCGAGAGCAGGUGUCUGACUGCGUUUAUUCGAGGAGGAGGAGGAGGACAAACUUGCCACUUUAGCGCUGAGAGCUCAAUAUGA